ACACUCUGAAUCCGAGGUGUAAGUUGGUACAUAGUUCUCUAUGUAAAACUUUCCACUUCCAAGACCAAGACCAAGACAAUUACAAAGUCUUUGUUAUGCAACACCUUCUCCUUAAUAUUAUUCUUUCAUCUACCUUCUUCUUCACUGCAAAAUACAACUAUUCAAUGAAACCCUGCAUGCUUUUUCUCUCUGUCUUAUUAUUUCUUCUAACCUAUGUUGAGGGUCGUUUUGUGGUGGAAAAAAACAGUAUCUCCAUUCUGUCACCACAUAAGUUAAGAGGUAAACAUGAUGGUGCCAUAGGAAACUUUGGUCUUCCAAAUUAUGGAGGAUAUAUUGUAGGCUCACUUGUUUAUCCUGACAAAGGUUCUUAUGGAUGUCAAGUUUUUGAAGGUGAUAAGCCUUUCAAGUUUCGCUCUAAUCGUCCUACUAUUCUUCUUCUUGAUCGUGGAGAGUGUUAUUUUGCCUUAAAAGUAUGGCAUGCACAACUAGCAGGAGCUGCAGCAGUUUUAGUAGCUGACAGCAUCGAUGAAUCUCUUAUAACAAUGGAUUCUCCGGAAGAGAGCACAGAUGCAGAUGGCUACAUCGAAAAGAUUGUAAUUCCAUCAGCACUAGUAGAGAAAUCCUUUGGCGAUUCGUUGAAAGAAGCUUUAAAUAACAAAGACGAAGUUUUGCUACGAAUAGAUUGGAGGGAAUCAGUACCUCAUCCUGAUAAUCGAGUCGAGUACGAGUUCUGGACUAAUAGCAAUGACGAAUGUGGUGCUCGGUGCGAUGAACAGAUGAAUUUUGUGAAGAAUUUUAAAGGUCAUGCUCAGAUUCUUGAGAGAGGUGGAUACACACUGUUCACUCCACAUUAUAUAACAUGGUUUUGUCCGAAGCCUUUUGUUGAAAGUAGUCAGUGUAAGUCUCAGUGUAUUAACCGCGGAAGAUAUUGUGCGCCGGAUCCAGAGAAAGAUUUUGGAGAGGGGUAUGAAGGGAAGGAUGUUGUGUAUGAGAAUUUGAGGCAGUUAUGUGUUCAUAGAGUAGCUAAUGAGAGUAACCGUUCAUGGGUGUGGUGGGAUUAUGUGACAGAUUUUCAUGUUAGAUGUUCUAUGAAGGAGAAGAAAUAUAGCAAAGAUUGUGCUGAAGUUGUCAUGAAAUCAUUAGAUCUUCCUAUUGAGAAAAUUAAGAAAUGUGUUGGUGAUCCUGAAGCGGAUGUGGAGAAUGAAGUUCUAAAGAUUGAACAAACAGCACAGAUUGGAGGAGGAUCUCGCGGCGAUGUCACCAUUUUGCCAACAUUGGUUCUAAACAAUGUCCAGUAUAGAGGAAAAUUGGAGAGAACAUCUGUAUUGAAGGCGGUAUGUGCGGGAUUUAAGGAGACUACUGAACCUCAAGUUUGUUUAAGUGGAGAUAUUGAAACUAAUGAAUGUCUUGAAAGAAAUGGAGGAUGCUGGCAUGAUAGAAAUGCUAAUGUAACUGCUUGCAAGGAUACUUUCAGGGGAAGAGUUUGUGAGUGCCCUGUUGUGAAAGGUGUUCAGUAUAGAGGAGAUGGCUAUAUAACAUGUGAAGCUUUUGGACCUGCAAGGUGUUCUUUAAACAAUGGAGGUUGUUGGUCAGAAACUAGAAAUAAAAUUACUUUCUCGGCUUGCUCAGAAUCCGAGUUAAAUGGCUGUCACUGUCCAGUUGGAUUUCUUGGAGAUGGCAAUAAAUGUGAAGAUGUUGAUGAAUGUAAGGAAAGAAGUGCAUGUCAAUGUGAUGGAUGCAGCUGUAAGAAUACUUGGGGUAGUUAUGAUUGUAAGUGCAAAGGAGAUCUUCUAUAUAUCAAGGAACAAGAUACUUGUAUUGAAAGAAGUGGAUCAAAAUAUGGAAGGGUCCUUGCCUUUGUGGUCGUAGCAGUUGUUGUGGGGGCUGCUCUAGCUGGUUACAUUUUCUACAAAUAUAGACUCAGGUCUUACAUGGACUCAGAGAUCAUGGCUAUCAUGUCACAAUACAUGCCACUAGACCAGCAAAACAAUGUGGUGCAUGCUGAAUCUCAGCCUUUACGACAAGACACGGUGUAAGAAAUAAGACAUAAUAAACAAGACAAGAUCGAUUGGCUUAAGUUGAGUCCAUUUGACUGCGAAGGGAAAUUCAGUACUUUACAAUAGGAUAAUCAUGUGAACGAUUGUACACACAGAGAAACUUCCUCUAUAGAAUAAUAUCAUGUUUUCACAGUUUGUAAAUAGAUCACUUGAUAUAGCUGUAAAUGAAAACAUGGGAUGACAUUCAUACAAAAAAAUUGCAUACAGUGUAGCAUUGUGCCUACAGGCAGUACUAAGUAGUAAGUACCUCCUUCUCCAUC